GGUUUGCAGAAGAGGCGGUUGAGGUGGCUGAGGGACUGGACGUCAUUUGGCCCAGGUCACACAGCAGCGAAGGAACCUGGGGCCUGCCCUUCCCCCCUCCAGGCCAUGAUGAUUCUGCAAUUAAUCAUGUUUGUGCUGGUGACAGGGCAAGUAGGAGGAGAGACCAGGAUCAUCAAGGGGUACGAGUGCCAGCCACACUCCCAGCCCUGGCAGGCCGCCCUGUUCCAGAAGUCUCGGCUGCUCUGCGGGGCGACCCUCAUCGCCCCCAGCUGGCUCCUGACCGCAGCCCACUGCCGCAAGCCCCGCUACAUAGUGCACCUGGGGGAGCACAACCUCCAGCGGUGGGAAGGCUGUGAGCAGAUCCGGAUCGCCACCGAGUCCUUCCCACACCCGGGCUUCAACAACAGCCUCCCCAACAAAGACCAUCGCCAUGACAUCAUGCUGGUGAAAAUGGUGGCACCAGCCCUCAUCACCUGGGCCGUGCGACCCCUCUCCCUGUCCUCACACUGUGUCACCGCUGGCACCCGCUGCCUCAUUUCUGGCUGGGGCACCACAUCUAGCCCCCAAUUGCACCUGCCCCACUCCUUGCGAUGUGCCAACAUCUCCAUCAUUGAGCACAAGGAGUGUGAGGAUGCCUACCCGGGCAACAUCACUGACACCAUGGUGUGUGCCAGCGUUCGGGAAGAGGGCAAAGAUUCUUGCCAGGGCGACUCCGGGGGCCCUCUGGUCUGUAACGGGUCUCUUCAAGGCAUUAUCUCCUGGGGCCAGGAUCCAUGUGCUGUCACCAAAAAGCCUGGUGUCUAUACGAAAGUCUGCAAAUAUGUGGACUGGGUCCAGGAGACUAUGAAGAACAAUUAGGUAGGACCACUCUCCAUGGCCCAACCUCCUCAAGCCGGUGUUGGUUCCUGUUCAUUCUGCUAAUAAGAAACCCUCAGCCAGGACUCUUUUAUGAACUUCCUUUGGGCCACCUUGACUACAGGAGAUGCUGCAGCUUAAUCAUCAAUAUGGGGUUUGAAAGUGGUGAGACUUGGAUUCAAAUCCUGGUUUGAACUAAUUUGUGACUCUGGGAAUGAUAAUAGCUGCUUUGUUCUCUGUUGCAUCCCCAGCCCCAAAGAUGGUUCCUGGCCUACAUCAAGAUUUCAAUAAAACAUUUGGUGAAUGAA